AUGGAUACUUCACAGCUUUUCAGUGUCGAAGGCAUGAUUGCUGUGGUUACAGGCGGAGGCACAGGGAUCGGCCUCAUGAUAGCCCGCGCCCUCGCCUGCGCCGGCGCAUCCAAAAUAUACAUCCUCGGGCGCCGCGAAGACAAACUUUCCACCGCAGCCUCUCAACACGAAAAUAUCAUCCCACUCCAAUGCGACAUCACAUCCAAAGCAUCCCUGCAAGCCGCCGUGGACUUCAUCACCCAAGAUAUGGGCUACAUCAACCUCCUUGUCGCAAACUCCGGUAUCUACGGUCCACCGUCAAGUUUCAUGCCCUGCUCAAGCGUCAAAGAACUGAGGGAGCAUAUGUUCGAGAAAACAUCUAUGGAAGACUUCACGCAGACCUUUCAUGUCAACACUACCGCGACGUAUUUUACCAUGCUGGCUUUUCUCGAACUACUGGAUGCAGGAAACAAGAAUGCCAUAGCCGGUGGAUUUGGUAAGCCACUGAAAGAAGGUAGCAAAAUACCGAGUAUACAGUCACAAGUCAUCAUUACAUCCAGCGUAGGCGCCUUCCUGCGUGAAUGGCAAUGCGCGCCAGCAUACGCGGGGAGUAAAGCAGCGAUCAUGCAUUUGGUCAAACACACCAGUACAGGGCUUGCGCCGCAUGGUAUCAGAGUCAAUGCUCUGGCGCCUGGAUUCUUCCCAUCUGAGAUGGCCAACGCAGUUAUCGAAGGCAGGAACCCCAGUACAGAGAGCGUCGACGAUCCAAACUUCAUUCCUGCACGAAGAUUUGGCGGAGAGGAGGAGAUGGGUGGAACGGUGUUGUAUCUUGCGAGUCGGGCGGGGAGCUUUUGCAAUGGGUUGGUGCUUGUGAAUGAAGGGGGGAGGUUGGGUGUUACGACGAGCAGUUAUUAA